UCUCUUCUCUGAUAAAGCAUAUUAUUACUUGAAAUAAUGUUGUAAACACUCUUAUAAUCCAAUAUUCACUCAGAGCUUCAUUCAUUGAUCCAUACUUAUGACAUAACCAAUCAAAUAACGAAUUACACAAGAUUACAAAUUUUAAAAUCUACAGCAAUCAUUUUUUUUUUGUAAAAAUAGAUAUGACAGAAAUUAUCUAGAGGAGUGAUUAGUCGUGUUUCAACAGCUGAUAACGAACCAUCUACUGCGAAUCUUCUCAUCGCGAAUAUACUGUUUUUGACCUAAAUAAACGUAUCACAUCAAACAUUCCAGUGAAAUAAUUUAACAAAAAAAUGGCAUUUUUGGGUAAAGUUGUUUUAAUUACGGGAGCCAGUUCUGGAAUUGGUGCAGCAACUGCUAUUCACUUAUCAAGUCUAGGAGCUUCGUUAUCACUUACUGGACGUAACAUGGAAAAUCUUGAAAAAGUUGCCGGCCAAUGCAAAGAUCGCCAGCCAUUGCUGAUAGUUGGCGAACUAACUAAUGAACAAGACACGAAGAAUAUUUUGGAAACUACAAUUAAACAUUACGGCAAGCUGGAUGUCUUGAUCAACAAUGCUGGUACCAUUGAACGGGGCUCUAUUGAAAAUACAAGCUUGGAACAAUAUGAUCGUGUUUUUAAUCUCAAUGUUCGAUCGAUGUACCAACUUACCAUGCUGGCAACUCCCCACUUGAUAAAAACUAAAGGAAACAUCGUUAAUGUCUCUAGUGUGAAUGGAUUAAGAUCUUUUCCAGGAGUUUUAGCUUAUUGUAUGAGCAAAUCUGCUGUUGAUCAAUUCACUCGUUGUGUUGCUAUUGAAUUGGCUCCAAAACAGGUUCGUGUAAAUGCAGUGAAUCCUGGUGUAGUGAUAACUAAUCUCCACGAGAGAAGUGGCAUGAGUCCAGAAGAGCUAAAAAAUUUCUUCGAACGCAGUAAAACAACUCAUGCUCUUGGUCGACCAGGGAAUGUUGACGAAGUGGCAAAAACUAUUGCUUUUCUAGCUAGUGAUGAUGCUUCGUUUAUCACUGGAGCAACACUCCCUGUUGAUGGUGGACGACAUGCUUUGUGUCCUCGUUAAAAAGAUAUCUCUUGAUGUAAAAUAUCGUUGGAAUAAGAAGAUAUUAAUUUUAUAUUUUUUUUACGACACAAUGUCUUGUUUCCAAAUAAAUUCCUCUUGAAAACCAGA